AUGAUGUUUGUGCUGUGUGUGGUGUCGCAGGUUGUUCAUGGUGAAAUGAGAUGCAUUCCAACUGAGAGGGAAGCACUGCUACAGUUCAAGGGUGGCAUUGUGGAUGAAUACGGCAUGCUCUCCUCUUGGACCACUCCUCACUGCUGUGAAUGGAAAGGGAUUCGCUGCAGCAACCUCACCUCCCAUAUUAUAAGCCUCGACCUUCAUGGAGAUAUAUAUGAAGAAAGUUAUAUGAGCGGAGAGAUCCACAAGUCGUUGAUUGAUUUAUCACAAUUACAGUAUUUGAACCUCAGUUCUAAUUAUUUUCCAGACACUCGCAUCCCAGAGUUUUUUGGUUCUCUCAAAAACUUGAUAUACCUUGAUCUUUCAUCAUCUCGUUUUCACGGAAAAAUUCCAAUACAACUUGGGUUUCUUUCUCAUUUGAAAUACUUGAAUCUUGCUGACAAUUCUUUAGAGGGUUCAAUCCCUUAUCAGCUUGGCAAUCUCUCCCAAUUGCAGCAUCUUUAUCUUAGUGGCAAUCAUUUGGUAGGAAAUAUACCUCCUCAACUUGGAAAGCUCUCCCAGUUGCAGCAUCUUGAUCUCAGUUGGAAUGGUUUUCAUGGAAAUAUACCUCCUCAACUUGGAAACCUCUCCCAAUUGCAUGAGCUCUAUCUUGGACAAUAUUUUGAUCUCAAAAUUAGUGACGGAGGUGAGUGGCUCUCAAAUCUCAUUUCUUUAACCCAUCUUUCUUUGGAAUAUGUAUCAAAUCUUAAUACUUCUCAUACUUGGUUGCAAGUGAUUGCAAAGCUACCCAAACUAAGAGAACUAAGUUUAGUUCAUUGUAGCCUUUCCGACCAUUUCAUUCUGUCAUCCAAACGUUAUAAGUUCAAUUCUUCUAGUUCCCUCUCUGUCCUUCAUCUUUCUCAGAACACCUUCACAUCAAUGGUAUUCCAGUUGGUCUCAAACAUCACUUCCAACCUUGUUGAGCUUUAUCUUAGUUAUAACAACUUGGAGGGUUCCACAUCAAGUCAUUUUGGUAUGGUAAAGAAUUCGCUUAGGCAUCUUGACCUCUCCUAUAAUAAUUUAAAGGCCAGGGAUUUGGAAUCCUUCAUUAAUAUAUGCACCUUACAUUCUUUAGACAUGCAUUCAAACAAUUUGACUGAAGACCUUCCCUCCAUUCUCGGUACUUUGUCCGGUGGUUGUGUUAGACACUCAUUGCAAUAUUUGGAUUUGUCAUCAAAUCGCAUCAGUGGCACUUUGUCUAACAUUUCAAUAUUCUCCUCUUUGAAAACAUUGUUUCUUGAUAUAAAUCGGUUAAGUGGAAGGAUACCUGAAGGUGUAAUUUUACCAUCUCCUUUGGAGCGUUUGUCAAUUAGCUCAAAUUUCUUAGAAGGUGGAAUUCCAAUAUCAUUUGGGGAUGCUUGUUCUUUGCAAUCAUUAACCAUAUAUGAUAAUAGAUUGAGUGUUGAGCUUCCGAUGAUAAUUUCUCACUUGUCUGGAUGUGCUAGAUAUUCAUUGCAAGUAUUAUAUCUACAUGCUAAUCAAAUCAAUGGCACACUACCUGACUUCUCGACAUUCACAUCUUUAAAAAUAUUAGAUCUCUCUGAUAACAAGCUAAAUGGAGAGAUUCCAAAGGACAUUCAAUUUCCACCUAAACUGGAAGGCCUCUUUAUGAAUGCAAACUCUUUAAAGGGUGUGUUGACAGACUACCACUUUGCUAACAUGUCUAAGUUACAGAGAUUGGAUUUAUCUGAUAACUCCUUGGGCUUGGCAUUUACUCAAAACUGGGUUCCACCUUUUCAAUUGCUAUCUAUAUACUUGAGAUCUUGCAAGCUAGGUCCAACAUUUCCCAUGUGGUUGCAUACACAAAAUAAAUUUGUCGAUAUUGACAUUUCAAAUGUUACAAUAUCAGAUAAUAUUCCUGAUUGGUUUUGGGCUAAAUUACCUCUACAAAAGGUGAUGACAAUGAAUAUUUCAAACAAUAAUUUACAAGGUACAAUUCCAAAUGUUUCAUCAACGUAUGUUUCUACUUCCAUGUACCUUGGAUCAAAUCAAUUUGAAGGUUAUAUUCCUCUAUUUUUACGGAAUUCUCAAAUUCUUGAUUUAUCAAAAAAUAAAUUCUCAAAUCCUCUUUCAUUUUUAUGUGAAGAUUAUGCAAUUUCAGUUCAAAUUCAUUUAGACAUUUCAUAUAAUCACCUAUCUGGAGAUAUCCCAGAUUGUUGGAAACAAUUGAAUUCACUAGUUUAUCUAGAUUUGAGUCACAAUAACUUUUCAGGAAAAAUUCCUACUUCAAUGGGAUCGCUUCUUGAUCUCAGAGUAUUGUUGUUGAGAAACAACAAUUUAGUAGAACGAAUCCCUUUCUCCAUAAGAAAUUGCAGAAAGCUAGUAAUGCUUGAUUUGUCAGAAAACAAAUUAUCGGGAUCUAUCCCUGAUUGGAUUGGGACAAUGGAAGAGUUGCAAAUAUUAAUUUUGAGAAAAAAUCAAUUCCUUGGGAGUUUACCAACUACGGUUUGUUGUCUAAUAAGCCUUCGUCUCUUGGAUCUAUCACUAAACAACUUAUCUGGAAAAAUUCCUGAAUGCAUAAACAACCUUACUUCAAUGGCUCAAACGACAUCAAUAUAUCUUCAAUAUGGGUAUAAAAGGGGUCGUUAUAGUGCUGGCAUGAAAUAUUAUUUGAAUGCAUGGUUGAGAUGGAAAGGUUCAAAACAAGUGUUUAUGGACAAAGGUUUGUCACUUUUAAAAAGCAUUGAUCUCUCAAGCAAUCAUUUCUCAGAAGAAAUUCCUAUAGAAAUUGAGAAAUUAUCUACACUGAUUUCAUUGAACUUAUCAAGAAAUAAUUUGAUUGGAAAAAUUCCUUCAAACAUUGGAAAUAUAACAUCACUUGAUUCUCUUGAUUUGUCCAGAAACCGACUUGUUGGUUCAAUUCCUCCGAGUCUUGCUCAAAUUUAUGGACUUGGUGUAUUAGAUUUGUCUCAUAACCAUCUAAGUGGAAAAAUUCCUACAAGCACACAAUUACAGAGUUUCAAUAAAUCUAGUUAUGAAGAUAAUCUCGAUCUUUGUGGACCACCACUUGAAAAAUUGUGUAUUGAUGGAGAGGUAAUACAAAAUCCAAAUGUUAAUAUUUUUGAAGAUGAAUAUUCAUUUUUCAACAAUGAGUUUUUCAUAAGUAUGGCAAUUGGAUUUACUCUAAGUUUUUGGAUGGUAUUUGGCCCAAUCUUAUUCAAACAAUCUUGGCAACAGUCUUAUUUCAACUUCUUAAACAAUUUAGGAGACCACGUUCAUGCCAAAAUAAGAAUCUUUGUCAGAGUACUUAAGCGUGGGCAUUAACAGAAGUGAAAUAAGCUGAAGCCAAUCUGAAGAGCACAGUGGAAAGUGUGACGAGCGUGUACGAUCUAGAGAAGUUUGAGUAUAUGUACAAGAGGAGCAGAAUCACACAGUGAUCGUGAAGCUGGAAGCAGGAAAGAAAGAGUAGAAAAGGAUUUAGAUGGAUUGUACGUCCGAUCUAAUGUCUUUGACAUACACAAGUAUAUAGUUAGAGGACUGGUGUAAUAUACACUUCAAACUUUUUGACAACUGAACGUGGCUCAAUUUCAUUGGUUGAUUUUGAAAAGGUGUUAAAAAAGUUGGAUUUUGGCGUGGAGGGCAUAUUUGGAAAGAAAUUGAUAAAUUAUUGCUUUCGUUUCAAUUUUCCCUCGCAUUGUGGUUGGUGUUAUUUC